AUGGUGAAUUUCAUCCUAGAUAACUACAAUUUUUCUCAUGGAUAUGGAAUUCCUAUUCCAGAAAAGAAAAUGAAAGGUGGCCCUAAUAAAUCAGUGAUUUUUACAAACAUGGAUGAUAUUAUUGAAUCUUUCAUCAUGGAACUAUCUUUUGAUGGGAUCUAUUCAGCCUGGCCUUAUUGCAAAAGCAAACUUGUAAUUGAUAAGGCAUCAAUGCCUGUAAUUCAACCAACUUUUUGCAUUGGAAGUAAUUCUGAAGUACCUGCAAUGUCACCAAAUUCAACGCCUUAUAGUGUGGAUAAUAGAGAAUUGAAAAGGCAGAUCCGAAAAUAG